AUAGGGCUUCAAGUAAGGAUCCCUGUCCAACAGUUUAUCUAAAUCAGGCACUGGAAUUUCCAUAGGAUCCAUACUCGACCACUUUCCACCCAUGAUAAACGUGAUUUUCUUUUUCAACAAUCAACGGAAUAUUUAACAGCUAUACGAUACAGAGUGGAAAAUAAACUUGAAAUACGAAUCAAACGGACGAUCUCUGCGCCGGUUACAAAACGAAUGACAGUUCAAGGUGAAUUGAAAAUGUGAAGAUAGCUCACGCAAUGCUGCCCUCCGUUGCCGUUGCCGGCGCUGUCCUUUGCCUUUUCCCCGCAUGUGCGGCCGGGCCGCGAAGUUCGGGGUUCGGUUCGGGCUUUCUUAAUGCAUACAGCAUAUAUCUCUUGCAUAUAUUGUAGAAUAGCACAGCAACAGAAACAGCCGGUGCGCCCGCUAGCGCCAGCUAGUAGCCGCAGACCAGAACUGAAGCCAAGCCUGCUGACUGCUUCACUGGCUCAAUGCUGAGACCAGAAGACGGGCACGGGAGAUCCGAGUGCGGUACAAGUGUAAACUCUGGUGUAGCGAAAAUAAGUUAUCUGCAUGGAAAGAAAAACACGAACAGCAGACAAAUAACUGUGCAUACAUAUGGAAGCUGUUGAGCAGUUUCGAGUGAGACCGUCUCAACGAGUUUGCUGCAGCGUAGCCAGUCCGGCAAGGGGGCUGUCGUGCUAUGCAAGUAUGCAGACGGCAGAGUAGUGUGUCCGCCGUGUAUGCUCCCCUUCUUCACGUUCACGACGCAACGAGCUCGACAUAAUAGUAAUAUAAGGAGCUAAGUACCUACUGCUGGAAAACUGGAAGCCCGACCAAGCAGUCUUCAGAAGCCACGUCCUGUCCCUGCGUGUACUACACAUUUAAUUACCUAUACAUAACGCACUUGUAAUUAACCAUAAGUAGUGACUAAUCUACUAGUAGUAAGUACUUACUUCUCUCCGCUCAGCCCUUUGAAUCGCGCACUCCGCGCAUUUGGCUGCAGCCAGUGCGGAUGUCGAGGCGACGUGUCUCGUAAACAAUAACACAGGUGUGCAGGGAGCGAUUGAAGCCGUUCCGUCAGCUCGAUGACGUUUUUCUCGAGUUGGCGAAAUCGUGCGCGGCCGAUCGGUAGUAUUAUUACUCGAUCGACGACCGCCACUCCCGCUGCUGUUGCUAAUUCUACUUACCUGGCUACUUUCUCGGCUGUCUAACCUACAAACAACUUUUUCUCUCUCGUUGUCGUUUCUCUGUUGUAAUGACGGCUCCAUCGUCACGCCAGCCCAGCCUUUGCUCAAACUCUGCACUGCAGUCUGCUGCACCCAGCAUCAAGAUUUCUUCGACGAAUAUUCGCCCUCGCCUAACCCUCUAAGUAUUCUUUGUUACACCUCGACGAAGCUAUAUAAGUACUUUAUAUCUCGAUUCUCUCUGCCUUUAAUUACACGUAGCGCGUAUGUCUACCUAAUCUCGUCAUAUCGCGUGUCUUUCUGCACUGCAAAAGAAACAUGCAAGCAUUUGCCAAGUGGCUCGAAAAGCCAUGACAUGGAUGAUAUUUUGUUUGGGUUCUUGCAUUCAAUCAACUCUGGAGCAGGAGCAUAAAAAUUUACUGACAACUUCAUCAACAACUCGCUAGGUCUACUGCUUUGUUCGUUACAGCUUGUAUAUUACCUAUGGCAACUACUUCAAGUUUGUCAUUUUUUUUUAUCGAUCAACAUUUUUUGAAUUGAUUGCUCGGAAUUAUGGAGAACCAAAGUCGUCACCAUCAAGUACAUCAAGGGUAUCAAUCAUUUUGGAAAAAGAAUUCUCGAGCAGUCCCUGGAAGACCUAGCUUGAAGCAAGAUUCUAGACACGAAAGAAGUGGUUCUAUCACAAAUUCGUUAGGAGGGACAGGAGGUGCGAGUACUGGAAGUGCUGGUGGUCCAACCUCUUUUCAGGACUUUCAAGAGAGCGUUGAUGAUGCCUGGGAUUCAGGAGAUGAUGAAUUCUGCUUGGUUUCAGAUGUGAAAAUAUCAAAAAAAGUCAGUCAUUCGGCAGCUAUUAGUGUUAUUAAUCACCACAGAUCUAGUACAACGGCUGCAUUGCCACAAAUGAAUAGCAAAGAAAGUAAUCGUCAGGAAAUUAUUUCUGAAGAAAAGAAAACUGAGGCCCUACAAAGAUUAGCCGUCCAACCACUACAUUUACGAAAUGCUAAUUUCAAUGCGAGUGCCUCAAAAAGUGAUUCUCAUCCGCAGCCUGCUUAUGAUUCUGAAACAAAAUCAGGAGUGCAUCACCAGCGUCAUACACAAUUUCCAGGCAGACCUCAACCCUUGAAACAGCCAAACUCCAGUGCUAAAUUUUUUGUACCAUCUAAAGAGCAAGAUGGAGAAAGUAAAAUUGAUAAGUUCCAAGUACUUUUAGAGACUUCCUUACUCAAUCUUGAUGAAUUGAGGCAACUCUCGUGGUCUGGUGUGCCUGCAAAGUUACGAUCUGUUACAUGGAGGUUGUUAUCUGAAUAUCUUCCUGCCAACUUAGAACGCAGGGAGCAUGUAUUAGAAAGAAAACGUCUAGACUACUGGAAUUUAGUAAAACAGUACUAUGACACAGAAAGAGAUGAAGGGUUUCAGGAUACAUAUCGACAGAUACACAUCGACAUUCCAAGGAUGUCACCAUUGAUAUCGCUUUUUCAACAAUCAACUGUUCAAAUGAUUUUUGAAAGGAUAUUAUAUAUCUGGGCUAUUCGACAUCCUGCUUCUGGUUACGUCCAGGGAAUGAAUGAUUUAGUCACACCAUUUUUUUUGGUGUUUCUUCAAGAGGCUGUGCCAGUUUCAGCAUGGCAAGACAUUGAAAAUUAUGAUGUAGCAUCUCUUCCAAAAGAGCAACGAGACAUAAUCGAAGCUGAUAGUUUCUGGUGCUUGUCAAAAUUCCUUGAUGGCAUUCAAGAUAAUUACAUUUUUGCUCAGCUAGGAAUCCAGCAUAAAGUUAAUCAAUUGAAAGAGUUGAUUCAAAGAAUUGAUGCACCUUUGCAUCAACAUUUACACCAACAUGGGGUAGAUUAUCUGCAAUUCUCUUUCCGGUGGAUGAAUAAUUUACUCACAAGAGAAAUUCCGUUGCAUUGUACGAUUCGUCUAUGGGAUACCUACUUAGCAGAAUCGGAUCGUUUUGCAUCUUUUCAGCUAUAUGUCUGUGCAGCGUUUUUACUACGAUGGAGAAGACAUCUGCUUCUUCAACCAGACUUUCAAGGACUGAUGUUAAUGCUACAAAACCUGCCUACGCAAAAUUGGUCAGACUCCGAAAUCAAUAUUUUGGUAGCUGAAGCCUACAAACUAAAAUUCACGUUUGCCGAUGCGCCGAAUCACUUGCAAGCGCACGAUUCUAGGUGACCAUAUUUACUUAUUAGUUAACCAAUUUUUUGGUUAACCGUUGUUGCAACAGUUGCCAAACGGACAAUAUUACAUCCGAUUGUUCAUCUGUUUCACCAAGUCAAUGCGAAGCUUUCGCAAUCACGAAAUGAAAGAUCUUUGUCAAUCGAUAAUAUUAUCCUUAGCUUACGUUACCGUUGAGUUUUUAUAAAUAGAAUUUUUCCAUUUACAUUUUAAAUAUACUUUGUUUAUGUUAAAAAAACGCAAAUUUUAGUUUACGUCACAUAAUUAUAUUAUAUUUGCUAUUAUUGUAUUCAACAGAAAAUGUUAUCCCUGUGUGAUAAGUUCACCUUGGAAUACAAUAUCUUUUUGCAUCCAAACUUGUUUUUUAAAAAUCGUCUUUAGAGCUAUAGAUGGAUUCUUAUUUUACGUUUAUCAAAAAUAGUCUUGAGCUAUUUAGCAUAACAAAGCAUGAUAUAUUGUAUUUGUAUAUAAGGAUGGAUUUUAUCACUAGAAAAUCGUUUAAUUUGUCAAAAUAGAAAAUCGUGCUUUGUUAAGACAAACAAACAUUGUCGCAACUAGAUUUUGAUAAAUGCAAUUCGUUAUUAUACAAAAAAAUGCAUUAAUUGCAUACUUGUAAUGGUUAGGAUUCAAGUGGUCUCCCUAAUGUAAAACUACAGCUAUUGCAUGAAAAUUUUCAAAAAUAUGAAAUAUCUGGAUAAACGAAAGUACUAAAAAAAUGAUCUACAAAAAUAAUUCAAUAAUUUAUCAUUGCAAACAUCCGAAAAACGAGCCUUUUUGUAAGAUUCUGCUGCAAGACAAUUGAAUAUUUAGAAAGACAAGAAGUCAAAGGCUUAAUUAUGUCUAUAUAUUAUUUAAUAAAUCUAUUUUUGACUGUGAUGAAAACCGUAUUCCUAAGUUUAUAGCACGAGUAGGUGCCAAUUUUUGUAGUGAACAAACAAUUUAUCUGCAUCAUUGCAUCAUUCUGUUCGCAAUUUUCGUAUGACCAUGCGAAUUACAAAAAAUACAUAAGCGAUUUUAGAUGACCUCGAGUCUUGCAUGGAGAGAUCACUUAAACAAUCGAUUUUACAUUUUUAUAAGGGCGGAGCUAGGUUUAAAGCUUAUAUUGUUUCGAAUUUAUAAUUAAAUUUUGUACAAUAUUUUAUAGAGGCAGCAAAAUAAUUUUUUAUUGAAUUUAUGUAAAAAGUAAGAGUAACUUUAUAUUGAUUAGAAGUUGUAAUUAGAAAAUGUAUAUGAUUAUAUUUUUAAAGCAAAUAAUUUAAAUUAUAAAAUAUUUAUACGAAAUAUGUUGAACGCAUUAGCAGUGUGUACAAUGUACAUAAAAAUAAAAAAAUAUAUAUUUGAAUUAAUUGUUUGAGGUGAACUUUUUGCAUUUGGAUUUCAACUAUACAAUUUUAACGAAACACGCUGAACGUGGUAAAGUAAAUCCGCAAUAUUUGAAGUUGUUAAUUUUUCUCGAAUGUUAUGGUACACCUUAUAAUUGUUUGGGAGUAAAUAUACUAUCCUCAA